AUGAAACGACUAGAUGGCAGCGAGUUGACGCUGUGCAGACCUAGAUCUAGAGUCUUUGUGCACUCUCUGCUUGAGCAUAUUGAACUUCUGGAAAGUCGCUUGAAGGAGGUCGACGGCGAAUUACCACAGCAACCACAGCAACAUGACAUCCAAGUGCCCACGCAGCAAACGCAAAGGGCGGAAGACGUUGCUCAACAGCCUCCGGGGCCAUGGCCUGAUCACACCUCCAGAGACCGAUUUGAUCUAUCACAACUUGAAUCCGAGGAGGCUGGCUUCCAGGACGACCAAGGGCUGACUAGUCUAAGUGAUGGCGAACCCCAAGAUCGAACUCCGGCUUCAAAUACCACUUCUGGGGAUGAUGGAGCCGUUCUGCAUGCAGACCUCGCUGAUCGGAGCGAACUCAAUGAACACCGUGAAGAUACCACCAAUUCGUUAUUGUUCGAAUCAACACGGCUGAAAUACGACGGCACUACCGGGCAGUUACGAUACUUUACCCCCCUUGCGAGAUACCAACUCUACGCCGAGCAGCUUGAUGACUCUCACAGGAGCUCUUCGGGAUCAUGGCAUUUGCAGAGGCGACUGCAUCAUAUGAUCAAGGAUCUCAGUUCGGAAACCUACAAUCACCUAAUGACCUGCUUCUGGACAUAUUACAACGCUUCCCUGAAGCUUAUUGACCAGGACUCGUUUCAACAGGACAGAGAUGGGGAUAAGCUUCACUAUUCAGUCUUUCUACAUAUAUGUUGUCUGGCAAUGGGCUUCAGACACGCUGAUAAGUCUAGGCCCGACAUCGAAGCACUUGAUCGGGGAAACAGACACAGUACGUUCCACGAGAGCGCUCGAUACACGGUGGAAAGUGAACUGGAAAACCCUCAGGGCUUGACCACAAUGCAAGGGCUUCUCAUUCUGAGCGACCUAGAGUGCGCUGUCGGUAGAGAUCGAGCGGGUUGGAUGUACGCCGGUGUGGCGUGCCGAUUUGCCUUCGAGAUGGGUUUGUCCAUAGACCACUCCAAAUCAACUUUGCCCCAGCGGGAGAUACAAUCACGACAGCGUCUCUUGCGGGCCUGCGUUUUCUACGACAGAAUCUGGGCCAUACUCUCCGGGCACCCCACUGUAAUCAGAAAAUCUGACUUGACCUUCACCGUAUUCAGCCACACGUAUUCCAAGGUGUUGGCUUCUGCCUCUAAGGCCUCGACACGACUCGCUGAAAGCCAAGAGGAAACAUACGCCUGGGACGCGCUGCUGGAGUUGAUGGAAUUGGCCAUCAAAGUGGGCGAUCACAUCGCCAAUACAACCUCGACAUUGGAGCUCGAUGAUGCUGCCGGCAAGUUCAUGGCUGCAACCGGGCUCCACGGCGAGCUUGAAUCGUGGCAGCGAAGACUCCCGGCUCAGCUCCGAUGGAAUUCAGAAAACGUGCAGAGCUCGUCUGUCAUGUUCUUUUUCAUACACCAACUGUUCCAUAGCACGCUCAUUCAACUACAUUCUUCGCUAGUGGAGGACGAGCCACCUCAGCUCCGUCAAAGUGGCGGCAACAAGAUCUCGGACGUUGGCGCAAUAUCGUCUUUUCAAACGCUGUCGAAGAGCAUCUGCCUGGAGAAUGCAAUAAGCAUUGUUCGGAACAUGGAUGCGUAUUGCACAAGAUUUGGCAUGCAGUCGCUGAUUGUCUUUUCUCCCCAACCCGCCAGCGUGGCGCUAACCACCCUCCUGACGCACCUGGCCGAGUUUGAAAAUUCCGCCAAAACGACGACGAUCCUGCAGCACGUUCACACGCUCACCAAGGUCCUCCAGAAGAUGUCCGAAAGUUAUCAGACAGCGCAGAGCAUGUGUACGGUUCUGGAUCAUAUUCUACCCCAGACUACUAGCUUAGACGCCUCUAAUGCAGCUGAGCUGGGCAAUCCCCGUCAAAGUCUCCAGGAUGUGCCACAGCCGUCUUUACAGCCCGUGCAACGGAGAACGCUGGAAAGAUCCAUGCACCCAGAACAUUGGCCACAUUACCAGGGCGGGAAUUCGGCUGGAGACAAGGAUGCCAUUACCACCACUCGCUUUGAGGGCUCCAGACCUGCGACAAUUAGAAGCCUUCAUGGCGCCAUAUUGACCUGA